AAUAAAUAAAUUUUUUUGUGAAUUUUUGUGAUCAAUAUGUAAAGUAGAAAUUUUCUAGCCGAUUUUUUUUAAUCAUCUUCUUCCCCCACGCACACGAACAGAGUGCUUUUUUGUAUAAAGAAAGAAUCUGUCCGAGAUCGAUCAGGUUGGGGGUGAAGGAGUAUACGCGCGUGCUCGAUAGUUUUCAACGAAAACCAGAGUAAAAGGCCAGGACGGCCAAUAUUGAUCCCGGGGCGCCGCGGCCCCAGGGUUCGCCUUUAAAAAUUUUAUCCACUUUUUUUUCCAUCCCCCGUUUAAAAUCAUUGUGAUUCAAUAAAUUGUCGACAAACAUCUUAUUUAAAAACAAAAAUUUAAUGAAGAAAAUAAUGAACAAACAAUAAUAAAUUUCUAUUUCUAAAAAAGCGUGUUGAGAAGGUCGCGGAGGCGCCGAUGCGUCGGCGUCCUUGCCCAGGAGGAGGAACCGCCAACUGCUGUCCUCGAAUUAUUUUAUUUGGAAUUACAGAAAGAGUUCAGAUUUACUUUUUCACUGUUCCAAAAAGGGGAUAGGAAAAAUAUUUUUUAAUUUUUCUUUAAAAAAAAAGGAAAUAAUAAAGAGAAAAAGAGAGCGGAAAAACCGAAAAAAAACGAUUUUCGGGAACAGCCCGCAGAAAUGGGAAGCGCGGGAUAAAGUGAAUUGUUCCGGUUUUGACAAGUGACAGUAGUGUCGAAUUUUUUUUUUUUUGUUUUUUCUUUUGAUAUUUUUUUUAUAAAAAAUUUAGAAAAAUCUAAGGGUGCAUAAAUGGGCCCCAACGGUAGUAGAGAAAUUGGCGAAGAUGAUGGCCUACAAAUUAAUCCACGAACUACCUCGAAUCAAGUUACGGAAAGCGAGUACUCAGUAGAGGAACAAGCCAAAUUAACGGGAGAUGGAGGUGCUGAUGAGACUUCGCCCGAAGAUGAUGUAUCGUUGUGUGACUACCACGAUAUACCACCGCCACCAGACGGUGGCUAUGGUUGGGUUGUGGUAUUUGCAUCAUUUAUGUGUAACAUGAUAGUUGAUGGAAUAGCAUAUACAUUUGGAAAAUUUCAUCAACCAUUUGCUCUGCAUUUUAAUGAGAGUCAAGCUACAACAGCAUGGGUUGGUUCUCUUUUAUCUGGCGUAUACCUCAGCGCAGGUCCUAUUGUCAGCGCAUUAACAAAUAAGUAUGGCUGUAGAAAUGUCUGCAUAGCUGGUAGUUGUAUUGGUGCUAUUGCAUUUGUCUUGUCAAUUUUUUCAAAAUCCAUCAAUAUGCUAAUUUUAACGUAUGGAGUAUUAGGAGGUAUUGGUUUUGGUCUCAUUUAUUUGCCAGCUGUAGUUUGUGUAGGAUAUUACUUUGAAACAAAGAGAUCAUUAGCCACGGGAAUAGCUGUUUGUGGAUCAGGAUUUGGAACUGUUUUUUUUCCGUCCCUUGCAGAAAUUUUACUUACGGAGUAUAAAUGGCAGGGAGCGAAUUUAAUUUUAGCUGGUCUUAUACUUAAUUGCGUGGUGUUCGGAGCGUUGAUGAGGCCUCUGGAAUACGCCAAACCAUCGUCAGUGAAACCGCUACUUCAAAGAAUGGCGGAGGAGAAAAGAUUUCAAAUGGAACGUGGAAGCAUUGGAGGAUCGUAUUUUAUGGUACAACUUCCAGACGGAUCCAUGGAGAAGAGAAUGAAAAUGCCAAUUAACAUUGACCCUGGCGUACACUCCAGUUUCAACUUAGACCAAUUAGUGCCUGGAACUCCGCUGACUCCAGUACCAACUGUGCCGACUCUACCGACAAUUUCUGAGGUAAAAGUGCAGGAGCACUCGUCAAGUGGAGCGACAAGUAACAGUGGAAGUAUGGAUUUGAAGAGCUCGUCAACCAAAUCAAAAAGUAAAAAAGCCAUAGAUGAUACCAAAGAACAAACAAAGGACGUUUUGGAUAAUAAACCUGCUGAUGAAUUCAAUAAAACUGUCAUUCCACGAAAUGCAUCGCAACCGGCGUUCACAACACACGUUCAAGGAUUGCCGAAAAAUGGUUCUGUGCCAUUUUUCGAUAGAAUACGAAAAACAAGUACAGGUGAAAGAUAUAAGCCAAGCCUUAGUGCAAUUAAAAAUUCCCGAUCCACAUUGAAUUCGAAUGGAGAUAUUAGAAAGAGUUUGCAUCUUCGACUUUCCGUUAGCAGUAUGUUGGGUUCUCGAAAUAACAAUACCGAAUUAGAUGAUGGAGAGAGCAUAACUUUUACGACGAGCAAAUUAAGUCUGAGACAGGCAAUGCCAAAGGAGAAGCCUAUGAUAGUUCGUCCCUUAUCUCGGAAAGAUAUUUUUUAUAGUGGUAGUGUAGUUAAUUUGCCAGAGUAUCAGAGUCAAAAGUCUCUCACUAAUUAUCGUCAAAGUGUCAUUUCUCUUUCGAAAUCAAUGCGAGGAGACGUUAGAGAUGGUGAUUUUGAAAAAGGACCUCAACAGCCUCUAUGCCCUUGUUUGGUGUUGCCGAACUCUUUUAAAGAAGCCUUGGGAACAAUGCUGGACAUGACACUACUGAAAAAUCCCGUAUUUCUAAUGAUUGGCAUAAGCAACGUUUUUGGAAUGGCUGCCACGUAUAUUCCAUUUGUAUACCUUCCGAGAGCUGCUGAAAAUGAUGGAAUUGAUAAGAAUUUGGCGACAUUCUUGCUCUCUGUGAUUGGAAUUACAAACAUCGUUGGGCGUAUUGCUUGUGGAUAUAUUGCAGACUUUCCGCAAGUCAACUCUUUACUUUUGAAUAAUAUCUGCUUGAUAGUUUGUUCCUUUUCACUGGCUGCGACGCCACUCUGUUAUUCUUAUGGCGGCUACGUGGCUGCCAGUGUUUUCUUUGGACUCGCAAUAUCGGGAUAUAUUUCUCUAACGUCAAUUAUCCUGGUGGAUCUUUUGGGAUUGGAUAAACUAACCAAUGCUUUUGGAUUACUAAUUUUAUUUAGAGGAGCAGCAGCAAUGAUAGGGCCACCAAUUGCUGGUGCAAUUAAUGAUGCUACCGGAAGUUACAGUGUAACAUUUUACAUGGCAGGAUUUUUGUUUCUUUUGAGCACCAUUACCAGCUUUAUGGCGCCAAUGAUGAAAACUUGCAUUGCCCCACAGACACAGCCUUUGGUAUUAGAUCAAUUAACACCUAUCGAUGAAGAUAUUGAAGAAGAAAACGAAGACGAUAUUCCAGAAAUUGUGGAAACUGCUCCGUCACCAGUUGAUCCACCCGAAAAAGAAAUCAAACAGAUUGAGUCUGUUUUAUAAUCAUACUCUGAGCUUUUCUGGUUCUUCUUCUACUUUCAUCAUUAGAAAAAUUGCCUCCCCUCCAAGCCAUUCUGUGAUAGAGCUGUUUCUUGGAGAAGGCCAACUAAUAACGGUAUUUUUUCAUAAUUGUCUAAAAAAAUACCACAAGAACGAACAAAGCACAAAUUUAACUAAAAAAAAAGAAAAAAAAUUCCCCUCGGAGUUAUUAAAAAAAAGCACUUUAAAAUGCACCAAAAUGAAAAAAUAUCGACUGCAAUUGACCAAAGCCUGAAAAAAAAAUAAAACUCCGUCGGGUAAAAAGGGUUUUUUUUAGUUCAUAAAUCGGCCUCUGUCGAAGUGUAGAUUCUUUAAGUAACUUAAUCAGUAUCGAACGUCAGUAUAAAAAAAAAAAUUCGAAAGAAAAAAUCGUGAAACAAAAAAUGCGCUUUUGCACGUGCAUAUCGGUUAAGAUUUGAGAAAAAAUAUAUUAUAUAUAAAAAAAAAUAUAGAAGUAAAUAGAAACGUAAAUUUUUUUUUUUAUCAAUUCUCUACGUUUCAAUUUACAAUUUUAGAGUUUUCAUUAUCUAUAUUUCGAUUUAUAAUUCCUAGGCUUAAAUUAUUCGCGGCAAACCGAUGUUUUAAUUGCACUUAAAAAAAAAAAAAAAAUUGUACAUAAGAUCGACGUGACUGAGUGAAUCAAUCAAUUUAUUACAUAUUUAGAAACACGCAGAAAAUAAAAGCAACGCUGCCGCGGAACGAACAUCUCUUGUAAAUAUAGAGAUUUGUGAUAACAGCAAAAUUUGCGAAUCAGUAUGUCAUAAUGACGAAUUUCAAAUCAAAUUUUUCUUUAAAAUAAAUUGAAAUUUGAUACAAAAAUUGUUGCAGAAAUAAAGCAGAUCUCGAAAAUAAAUCAACUUUCACGUUCGAGAUUCCGAUUAACGGCUAGUUUUUCAUUCAUUAAUCCGUCAAUUUUGAUAAAGAAAGAUUUAAAAAAAAUUUUAAAAAUUGAAAAAAAUUGAAGGAUUAAUUGACAGGGAAAAAAACUAAUAAGCGACUAAUAUUUUGUUAUGCUACACGAGGCACACACCACAAACACAAGUGAAUAGCGAAAAGAAAAAUCGCUGUUUAACUAAUUCUGUGACUUAAAAAAAAGCAAAUAGCGAAGAAUUAUUAUUGAUAUUAUGUGAUUUAUAAUAUAUGAAUAUAUGUAAACAAAAUAAUGUAUAUAAAUCUUGUUAAAAGUACUUAGUUACUGAAGAUGAUUUAAAUUUAAAUUUAAAGUUUUCUGUUCUUGGAAAUUUUUCACUCACCUCUUUUCUCUGAUUGUUGAAAAUAAUUUAUAAACUUAAAGAAACAAUCCUUUUCUCUCUAAUGAGAAAUAAGAAGAAAAAAGGUAUUUAAAUAUAGGAGAAUUAGUAAAAAUAUAUUUUUACGUUUAGUUAAUUUAGAAAUAAUCAAAAACGGAGGUGAUUGGAAAAUUUUCAAUAAAGUAAUGUUUGUAUGUGAGAGAAAGAAUGAAUCGGAGAGAAAAAGUGUAUGUGUAAGAAAGUUGACUUUUUGUCACACUCGAAUAUUGUGACACAUCGAGUCUUGAUUGUUGCUUUUUAGGGGAAAUCAGUAAAGAAAAAAAACAUUAAGAUCUUUGAAAAAAUCGAUUUUGCUUGAAGCUUCGUAAGCGAAAUCUUAAUGUUCUUAAUUUUAUAUAUUUUAUUGUCAUUUAUCAUGACUAGUAAAAUCACAUAAUUUCAUUUGUCUUUGAUGUACAAAGCCAUAGCUUUAAUGUGAAAAGAAUUUUUAUUAAUGAAAA